AUGGAUAAAGAACAUUUUCGUUUCUAUAUUAAAGUGUGUACUGCACUUAAUAUUCAACCAAUAGUUAUUCAUAACGAAUUACAUACUGUCUUUGGUGAUCAAGCUCCCCCUCUCAGAACUGUUCAAAGAUGGUCGAAAUGGUUCCGUGAAGGUCGAGAAGAAGUUGAAGAUGAAGAAAGAUCUGGAAGACUUGUAACGGAGACAACACCCAAAAAUAUCGAGCAAGUCCGUGAUCUUAUUAAUGAUGAUCCUUAUCUUACAGUUGAUGAAAUCGAAGAACAAACUGGUCUAAGCCAUGGCACCGUUCAACGAAUCAUUUCUGACCAUUUGCAGUUGAGAAAAAUCACCGCUCGUUAUGUUCCCAAACAUCUAACGAACUCUCAAAAGGCUGAACGGGUGCGUAUAUGCCAAGAGAACUUAUCCAAAUUUAAACAAGGUGUUUGGCGAUUAAGUGAUGUGGUGACAGGAGAUGAAUCGUGGUUUUAUCACGAGCAAAUCGGUCGAAAGUCGUCGAAUGCUGUUUGGGUAGCACGUGGAGGUGCUCCACCAACGGUGGUUCGACGUAGCCGCUUUGCUCCAAGAACGUUGCUCUGUAUUUUCUUUAAGUCAACUGGUCCUGUUUUGGUUCAUCGGGUUGAGCGUGGACAAACAGUUGAUCAUGAAUAUUACAUCAACAAUUGUUUGCAACCUGUUCUUGAAGAAAUUAAGAGUCAACGACCUUCUCAAGGCCUUCAUAUGAUUAAGUUCCAUCAUGAUAAUGGAAGACCACACGUUCAUAAAGAUGUGGUCAGUUUUCUCGAAUCGGAGGGUGUGACGAUUAUGCCACACCCACCUAACUCUCCAGAUCUGUCUCCGUGUGACUUUUGGUUGUUCGAUUUAAUCAAACAAAAUCUCGGCGAUCAAGAUAAUUCUGAGUCAUUACAUGAAACUGUGAUUAAGUUCAUGGAGUCAUUGAAGAAGGAAGAGUACAAAAAGACUUUCGAUAAAUGGAUUGAACGAAUGGAAUUAUGUAUAAACCAUCAGGGAGAGUAUUUUGAACAUUUGUUAUAA